CCCCGUUUUAAGCUUCUCUCACCCACAACACAAGAGUAUGUCUAAAAAUGGCGAACCCAACCAUACCCCAACGCAGAUUUUGACUGCGUUAUAUUGCUGCUUUGCUAGCACCGUUGGUCUCGAUUAUUGUUGGCCGCUUGAGAGAUGAGCUUGAGGAUUUGGAUAUGGACGAUGAAGUUUAUGGGGAGGAGAGUGAUGGCGAGGUGGAAGAGGUUAGGAAUGGAAGGCGGAGGGACAGCGAGGACAGGUCGAGGCGUGGCUCAUAUGAGAGGUCAAGGAGUCGGGAGCGGUAUACGUCUUCGGAGCGGUCAAGAAACGGGUCGAGAAGGCAGCACUCUUCGAGUGGGCGCGAGUCAGACUGAGGCCGUCGAUGAGACAGAUGGAAGAUAUGUAAGAUAGC